GCGCCAAGGACACAAGUGGAGACCCAAGAUGCUGCGAGGCAAACAAGUUCGUGACGCCGACGUGACAUUCGAAUGGCGUGAGCUAAGAGACCAAGGCUGGACUAACAAGCGCCUGUCAAGCCGUGGUCUUGACGACAGGCACCGCUACGUCCGGCCCGGAUGCAACCUGACGGAGUCGACGUUUUCCUGGGAGAAAGCAGUACUAUGUGCUGCGUACUCGAGCGCGAGCAUCCAGCCUGCCUACCCAUGCUGAUGCUGAGCUAGCGCGCGCUGCUCAAGUUAUUUGCGAAACCUAUGGCCGCCUAUUGGAAGGCAUAAUUGGCCUAGCUUGCACGACAAAAAAAGGAGUACCCCAAACGUUGAGAGAGAAAUACUAAAGGAAAUGUAUGAAACUGGGAGGCAUCAAUGCCAAAAACUA